AGACUUAACUGUAAGCACUAAAAAAAUAUUUGGGACUGUUUUAUAAAAGCGUUGGAAUAUUAUGCGUUUAUAAGUCAUUGACGUGUAUGUCAAGUUUCCAAUUCCUAUCUUCCCUUUGCUGAAAAUUUCAGAAACGCGUUUCCUUUUUGGCAGCAAGAGCUGAGAGGGAGACAUGUGUUAACUAAAAUUCUCUUUUCUUUAGUUCUCACAAUUUCAACAACCCUAGAUUUUUCAUUCUUCUUUGACAUUGACAUAUUGAGAUCAAAUCCAGUUUCCAUCAGGAAAAAUAUGUGUCCGUUGAGAUUCCUAUUGGUGUUCUUCUCGGCUGUUCUUGCCGGAUAUUUUGGAUGGAAGACGGUGAGUUCAUCGCCGGAACUCAUCUCCGAUGACUCACCGGUCGAUAUGAAUGAUAAACAAGGACUCAGUUUCAAUAAGAAGAUGGAGAAUGGGUUCUGGGUGUUCGUCGACAUGGCUAGUGGAAGAUACCUUUGGAGGAAUCUCAAGGAGAUGAGAGAGAAAACUCAGUGAAGAUUAUUUAGGUCAAAUUUUCGUCUCUUCCUUGUGCAGAAAGUUAAAGAGACAGAUCAUAACCAGACAAUCAUACCCCUCUAUGUUUCUUCUAACUCUUACACUGAGUUUUGUAAAUUUUUAUUCAUUGAUACUUCUGUUUGUAAUCUGAAAUCAAAUAUAGAGUUUGUAACUUUCA